AUGAAUCCAUUGUGUCAGCUCCGUCAAUGGAGUCCGGAGGAUAUCAGUCGAUUGAUGAAAUCCAAAGGGAUCAUUCAAGAUGUCGAGGGAGAGUGUUCCUUCAAGGUGUACGGACAGUCUCGCAAGGGUUCCAACGUUGCUGCGCACUAUCGUAUUCCCCUCCAUGCGCUGAACAAGAGAUUUGGUCUCUAUAGGAAGAUCGUGGCCCACCUCGAUGCUUCAUCCCAUCACAAAGCUGCUCACAUGCGCGACAUGUAUCUGUCGAUCAUGGCCUACAUGAACGAUGUGCGGAUUGCAUUCAUGGAGGAUGCUGCACAAUCCAAAGAUCCAUUACACGGCGACUUCAGAUCUCCAGCUCUCGAUUAUUAUCUCUGGUUGGAUCAUACAAGCGGUGGCUUUCACGCUGAGUAUCGUGAGGCCCUGGAAGAAACUCAUGGGGUGACCUUUGAACGCCUACGGAACGGGACAUGUUCUGAUAUACUUGUGUUUCUUGAUUGGCGUGCAUAUCACAAUAAGGAAUGCAAGGAGCAUGAUUGCUGUGGGGCAUUGCAGGGUUGCGGUGGUGGCGAAGAUCUCCAGCACUUGCUUCACGCAGUCGACGCCUCUCUUGAUGAUCCCAAUGCUCCAGUGGACCCAGAAGCGGGUACUGAACCUAUCGGUUCGACACAUUCCGAACAUGCUACCGCUCCGAUGGUGGCUGAAUCAGUUGGCGCAGAUGCAAUCCUGCUCCUCCAGCCAUCAAAUCCAUUUCCACCAUUCCCACAGCCCUUUCGACGAGGAUUGCCGAAUGUUGGCUCUGCGUACCCUUGGUCGGCAUGCGCGCCAGAUGCUCGUUGCCAUAUUGCGAUGCGGCUUCGAGAAAUCCAAGGAUUUGAUCAUACCGAGUCUUUGGACGAUCUGGUAACGAAUGGUGUACUCAUCACAGCACGAAGUCAUGCGGAGUUCCUCGAGAUUUAUGGGAUGGCGGAGAUGAUGGCCAAGUGCCAGGACUUAUUGGUCGACCGUGGUAGCAUGGCACGAUUCUUCAGUGUAGUUGGCCACGCACUCUACACAACCUGCCAGGGUUCUGAAUGCUCCGUCGAGUAUGGCCAAGAUUUUGUGUUCUCGAUUGGACAGCCGGAACACCUUCAUGCGCUGACUUCGUCCAGGAACGGCUCGCGUGUACAAUGUGGUGCACCGACUGAUGUGGAGAAGCAAGACCAUCCAUCAGAUUCUGGACCGAAAGACGAACCGCAGCAUGGACUAGCCGUUGAUAUCAAAGUUGACCUCACACACGUCGCUCCACAGGACAUGCGCUCGUUUGAGGAACGCGAGGUACAAACAGACCUUGAUAUUCGAGAUGAACCCAGAGUCAUCCACUCCAACAGUCAUGCGCCCGAGCCAGGACGUCAAGCGGACAUGAUUGUCGACAAUCUUCGCCCUUCCAUGCACCAAAUCCCAAUAGACCUGCAAUCCAAUUCUGCUCUAGUCCGACGACCUGACGAGCACGAUCACCGCACAUACGCAGUAUGUAGUCCAAUACGAGGCGAGUCAUUCAUCCACUCCAGCAGUCGUGUUCCUGAGCUAGGACGCCAUGCAGACCUUGACUUUGAAGAUGUUCAUGCAUUUGUACACGAUGUUCACCCUUCUAUGCACCCAGCACCAAUGGACCUGCAAUCUGAUUCUGACGUAGACCUACGACCUGACGAGCACGAUCACCGCACAAGCACAGUAUGCAGUCCAAUACAAGGCGAGUCAUUCAUCCACUCCAACAGUCAUAUUCCUGAGCUAGGACGCCAUGCAGACCUCGACGUUGAAGAUGUUCAUGCUUCCGUGCCCGAUGUUCACCCCUCUAUGAACCCAGUACAAAUUGACCUGCAAUCUAAUUCUAAUGUAGACCGACGACCUGAAGAGCACGAUCACCGCACAUACGCAGUAUGUAGUCCAAUACAAGGCGAGUCAUUCAUCCACUCCAGCAGUCGUGUUCCUGAGCUAGGACGCCAUGCAGACCUUGACUUUGAAGAUGUUCAUGCAUUUGUGCACGAUGUUCACCCGUCUAUGCACCAAGCACCAAUGGACCUGCAAUCUGAUUCUGACGUAGACCUACGACCUGACGAGCACGAUCACCGCACGAGCACAGUAGGCUGUCCAACACAAGAGCCCAAUAUUGACCAUGCUGACCCUUCCGUGCACUUAGUUGCAAUGGAUCUGCAAUCUGAUGAUGAUGUAGUCCUACGGUCUGAUGAGGUCGAUCACCGCACACACACACACGAAAUAGGAUUCCGCGAAUCACUCGGAACCACAAGUAAUAUUUGUGCUGAUGUUGUCGAUGUAUGGACCGAUUUUAAUCUUCAUGGCAGUCUAAACAUCGUCCACCAGUCGAAUCAAAUAUCCGACGUCGAGCCUUCCAACGAAUGCUACGACACCACAUAUCCAGAUGUGGUACAGCAGGGUGUGAAUCUAUCUACCCCGCCUCCACUUCAAUCAAAGCUGCGCACACGAAAUACAGGCAGACCACCCUCAAUGAUGCCUACGACGAGGCGUAGGGAACAGCCUGUCUCCAAGCGUGCGAGGCCCGUGGUGUUUGCUACUAAUAGGCCAGCGCACAAGGAGAAAUCGAUAGCUGUCAGACCAAAGUCCAGAGCGCAGAAAUACACCAUCCAAGACCUCGUUCGUGAGUCUCAGACAAAGGGGACGAAUGUCACGCCUUUCAUCGACUCCUUUCUCAUGGACCCGCAUGGAUACAAAGUCGUUGAAUCCACCAUUCAUUCAGAUCAUGUCGGAUGGUUAGCUGUGGCUCGACAUAUAGCAUUGCGCAUGCGUGAAGAUAGCAUGUCUAAUGACUUCACGCGAUCGGUGGCGUCAUUCAUGUCCAUCGAAUUUUGGUUCAAUGACAUUGCGAUGGAGUGCUGCGAGGCACUGAAGAGCCCGGGCUUGGAUUUCGUGCUAUCACCAUUGGCACAUCACGUCCUCGUUGAACUGUCUAGCCGCGCCAUAAUGGACGAGUCAUCCGUGCGAGGUGUAUUACAAAGUCUUUGGAGUUCCGACAAUGGCAAGGGUGCGACAGCAGUGGUUCGAUAUUUGCUACGCUCCUCUCAGCCUCACGACGAGGAUCCAUAUGCACCCGGACUUCGGAUUCUUGCAUCAGUGGUCACCGAAGCAAUGCGGGAGCGGAAGGUCGAGGGCCCUGGGCGGAAGGCGGCAGAAGUUAAUCAUAUGUUUGAGUGUUUGAAAAGUGUGUCUGAGCCUCUGUGCACGCCAAAGUUCGUGGCGACAUUCUUGGCUGGAAUGCUUAUACUACAGCUCCUGAUCAUGCUCGCGCAGAUGUCCAUCGCGAUCUUACAACAAAGCAUUGAAAUUCAGCGCUACUACUUCCACAUACCACGGAUGUAG